AAAAAAAUCAUGAAAGCAGGCCCGUCCAACAGCCGGCCGCGCAAUAUCCCAGCCGGGAUCCUCGUGUUCCUUGUUAGAGAAAUCCGCCGCCGACCACGCUUCGUGGGCAAGAGAUUUAUUAAAGAGGGAGAGAGGGAGAGUCAGAUUUAAUCCGAAGAAAAGUUUUGGUACAAGAACUUAGGAAGAGCGGACGAAUAAUCAGAUAAUAAAAGAAUGACGGGAAGGGAAAUCCUGCACAAGAUGAAGGUUAAAGCUGGGUUUGGUUCAUCUACAUCAAAUACUGGAAAAGGCAAAACAAAAAUGUAUGGCAAGCGAAUUAGCCAUGGAUACCACUUAGUAAAAGGUCAAACCUUUCACGCAAUGGAGGAUUAUGUGGUAGCUCAGUUUAAGCAUGCCCGUGAUUCAGAGUUGGGUUUAUUUGCGAUAUUUGAUGGCCACCUUGGCCAUGAUGUACCUGACUAUUUGCAAUCACAUCUAUUUGACACUAUUCUAAAGCAGCAGCCUAACUUCUUGACUGACACUGAUGGGGCAAUCAGGAAAGCAUAUGAAAUUACUGACAGUAUGAUUCUUAAUAAGGCAAACAAACUGGGAAAAGGAGGCUCUACUGCAGUAACUGCUAUCCUAAUAGAUGGAUUGAAGCUGGUGGUUGCCAAUGUCGGGGAUUCUCGUGCGGUGCUUUGCAAGGACGGCCUUGCUAAACAACUCUCGGUUGACCAUGAACCUAACAAAGAGCGCAAAUGUAUAGAGAUGAAAGGAGGUUUUGUUUCCAACCUUCCAGGUGAUGUGCCUCGUGUUGAUGGACAGCUAGCUGUAGCAAGGGCAUUUGGAGAUCGUAGCUUGAAGGUGCAUCUCAGUUCAGUUCCAGACGUCAAGGACGUUAUUAUUGAUGAUAAAACUGAGUUUCUUGUCUUAGCAAGUGAUGGAUUGUGGAAGGUUAUGUCAAACCAGGAGGUUGUAGAUGCCAUUAGAGACAUUGAGGAGCCUCAAGUUGCUGCCAAGCAUCUGACAGAGGAGGCUCUAAAAAGAAAGAGCAAGGACGACAUCUCUUGCAUAGUGGUUAAAUUUCAGUAAUCGUUUCCUCCCGCAGCACAAAAUUUCCUUCUCCACUAAAUUAACUGUAAAUAUUUAUUUUUUAUAAAUUGCCGUUAUCAAGUCAUGUUUGAAUAAUAUGUUUUGUAUGUUGAAUAAGACUUCGUUUGAGACAGCUUUUUUGUUGUUUUCGAAAACAGCUUUCUAGUACAAAAUUUUUGUAAAUUAGAAAUUUUUGUACUAAAAAAUCGUUUUAGAGAGGAGCAAAAAAGCUGUCCCAAACGAAGCCUAAGAUUAUAGAAUGAAGAUAGUUGCUUGUGAUUGUAGGCUAUAUAGAUGUCAAUGUUGGGUACAAGUCUUUUGUGAUUUUGAACUAAAUAACCUUCAUUUAUAUGAGAAGCUGCAUAGAUUUCAUCAAA